GCAAUGAUAACAAUGAUUGAGGCUCCUUUUUUUCUCUAUAAAAAUCUCUCUCCUCAAAUCUUCUCUUUCACACCUCUCUCUCUCUCUCUCUCUCUACCUCCAUAGCAAUCUUUUCCAUUCUUCAUCUGUAUUUUCUGAGAUCAUAAAUCAGCAGAAAAAUGCAGGAUCAAUAUGUACCCCUAAAGCUCCAAUAUUUGUGUUCAUUGAAGGAAGCAAUGGCACUCAAGUCUGAUAAAAUUUUGGCGCAUCAAAACCAGUCUAUAUGUAUGGGUUCGCCAGAGCCACCCUUGAUGGGGUUCUACGAGAACCUCGUCCGGAACUCCAACGGAGUGAUGGCACCGGAGGAGGAGAUGCUGCCGGAGGACUUUGUGUUGGUAGACGAAUAUUGUGAACUUCCCAUCAUCGAUGUGAGUAGAUUGAAUGGUGGGGAGUUUGAUGUGGAAGAGUGCAAGAGAGAGAUAGUGAAGGCAUCGGAAGAGUGGGGUUUCUUUCAGGUAGUGAACCACGGUAUACCCGGGGAGAUUCUGGACAGAAUGAGAAGCGAGCAGGUUAGGGUUUUCGAGAAGCCAUUUGAAGUGAAAGAAAAGGAAGAAGGUUUGCCUUUCAAGUCCGGUAGUUACCGUUGGGGAACAAAAACGGCUAAAUAUCCCAGUCAGCUGUCAUGGAUUGAGGCCUUCCAUGUCCCUAUGACCAGUUUCCAGAAUUUGGAUGAUCACACCAAUCUCAGCUCAACGAUGGUACAAUUUGCCACAACAGUAUCUGAACUCGCACGCAAGUUUGUCGAAAUUUUGGCCGAGAACAUGGGACAAAACACGACAUUCUUCGAAAAAAACUGUUUGCCGAGCACAUGUUACAUUCGGAUGAACAGGUAUCCGCCAUGCCCCGUGGCACCGGAGAUGUUCGGCCUGGUCAAGCACACAGACAGUGACUUCCUAACAAUUCUCCAUCAAGAUCAAAUCGGAGGAUUGCAGUUGUAUAAAGAUGGGAAAUGGAUGGCAGUGAAACCGAAUCAAGAGACUCUGGUCAUCAACAUUGGUGACCUAUUUCAAGCAUGGAGCAACGGAGUUUACAAGAGUGUUGAGCAUAGGGUGGUAACCAACAACCAAGUGCAGAGGUUCUCUACGGCGUACUUCGUAUGUCCAUUCGAUGAGACCAAGAUCCAGAGCUGCAUUGAGCCUUCUAUAUACAGAACAUUUAGCUUUGGAGAAUUCCGAAAGCAGGUCUCCAAGGACGUCCAAAAUUUGGGUAAAAAAAUUGGGCUUCCUAGGUUCCUUGUGUCGACUGAGAGUUAGCUUAUAUGAAAUAGAUAAGGAAUGGAGUACUAGUUGUUUUAGUUCAUGAAAUGUCUCAUGGAUGUGCUAUGAUUUGUAAAGAGGGGUUUACAUGUGUAGUUUGAGAAUAUUGUAAUAUAUGUAAUUUUAGGAUAGUGAUGUAUUUAUAUUUAAGGGUAAUUUCUAGCUAAUAGCAAUAUAUAUAGUAGUUGUUUAAUAAAGUAUCAGAGUUGUGUACUUGUAUUUUAUGAAUGCAAAAAGUAAGUUUGAUUGUU